AUGGCGUCGCCCGCAGAACCUCGGAAGCCGAGUCCCGAAGAAAGGGACAAUUAUUAUUUUGGUCUCGCAGGAACGCCGAAGCUUAUAGCCCGAACGAGUUGCAAUCCGUGGGUAAAACAGACUAGAGUGGAAGAGGGAUGGAACCAAUCGAUACACGUACCUAUUCGGAAAGAAUAUGAUACAGUGGAUAUUGAAAGCGAUAUAGUUGCAAAAUGGUCGCCAGAAUUAGUCGAGCAACUCAUAUGUUCGUUGAGAGGUUGCGAAUGGAGCUUUUUCUUCCCCAUCCGAAUUGGACUCGAGCGUACUAUAAGGGACUCGAGCGAUUUCCCUACAAUACUUCUCAUCGCGGUUGAGGAUGGUACGCUUAGCUGGGACGAAGGCAUUAAUAUUGCUCUAGGAUGUCGGGAAGUUUUACGACUUCAUAACAUUGGCGAUGUUGAGGUGGAAAUUCGGGAAGGUCGUUGUCACAAUCUCGCAGCCUCAGUAGAGCUUGAGGGUCUUGUGAAUCCAGCUCGGGGUUUCGACGAAUUCAACAAAACCUUGUUGCCUUUACUAUCAUUUCCGGGCUACCCGGUGACAUACUCAGAAAAUCGGCGUGGUCAAGGCACGAUGGGGCUACACAUCAAGCUCCAGGGCGACGACUCAGUCUAUGGCUUAACUUGCCGUCACGUUGUGCAUAGAGAUAGACCCGCCAAGGAAAGUUACAAGUUCUCGCCGGAGUCUGAGCCCGAAUACCAUGCCCAAGCAACAACGGAAACCAUCCAAGACGUCCAGUACUGCCUAGGGAAGGAGAUCAAGAGAAUGAGUAGUUAUAUCAGUGAACUUGCUACUGAGAAACAGCGUUGGGAGGACUGGUAUCAUCUAGAUGAAAGCAAAAGCCACUUACGCCCCACCGAAAAGGAAUUGCAAGCGUUAGAUUGGCUAAACGAUGAAGUCGCUUACGUGAAGAAGUUCAUUGAUCCUCUCGAACGAAUAGAAGAUAAGGACGCUAGAAAGAUCGGUCAACUCAUGUUCCACUCACCUCUGGAAUUCUCCGCUCAUCAAAAAGGAUACUUGAAGGACUGGGCGUUGAUUAAACUUGACGAGUGCAAAUUUCCGGAGAGCCCAAAGAAUGCAGUAUUCGUGGGCGCUGCGAGUCUAGAUGGAUCGAACCAUGAUGCUGAUAGUGAAUUCAGGGCAUGGCUCCGGUUCUCAAAAAAGGAUGAAAAUGGCUUCUUGUCACUUCGAAAAUCUUACGUUAGUUUACGGAAAAAAAUGAUCGUCUGUAAAAGAGGAGCGACCACCGGCUUAACACUUGGGAAGAAAAAUGCGGUUGAGGCUGUUAUUAGAAAGCCGGCAGGCCUCGAGGGCGAUCAAUACGCCUGGCAGAUGAUCAUUAUUCCCUUACAUGGAAGGUUUUCAGCCGCGGGCGACUCAGGAUCAUGCGUCUUCGACUCUCAGGGUCGUAUUGUUGGACUCCUCUCUUCUAGUGAUGACAAAGGAGAUUGGCUUCGCGACGGAAGGAGAAGAUAUCCUGGAGAGAAUAUCUCGCCUCGCCGAGUAGAUAAAGACGAUGGCAGGUUGGAACCGAUACCUGAUGGAAUGGACAUUACGUUUGUCGAUCCCAUCCAGUGGGUAUUCGAUGACAUUGAGAGGUUUACGUCUCGGAAAGUUGAACUAGCGUAG